UGGACUUGGAGUAGCUUUUGAUGUAUAAUCCUCUCGAGACGUCUCAGAUUUUGAUAUCAAGAAGAAAGUCUUUGCAGCUAACAUUGACACCUUCGAGAUCCCUGAUAGAAGAAGUGAAGAGAUGGCAAAACUUCUAAUUUUAAGAUGUCAUCAUAAUAGAUCACCACCAACAGUAGCCAGAGGAGGAGGACCUUAUUGACUCCAUCGAGAUCCAAGAUUUCCCCAGUUUCCUCAAAGAAAAGUCCAGUUACAGAGGAAAAGAUUCAAGACUGCAGACAACUUCUAUAAUCCAUCACUAAAUACUACAUAAAAUAUACUCUCAUUGCUAUCAAAUAAGAACUCCAAUCUGUAUGAGAGAAGAUUCUUCACAGAAGAAGAAUUCAAGAAAAUGAUGCGCAUAGCAUAUUAAUCAAAGACUCCAAAAGAAAGAAGGUCAAAGGAAACUUGCCCAGCAAUACCGUUAAGACAGAAUUCAUCGAGUUCCUCAAAUAUAAACUGCUUAAUAAUCUCUCAUAUACUUAUUCCAGAAUGGACAGGAGAGAUUGAAAGAAAUAACUUGAAAGCAUUAAGCUCAAAAGCAAAUAAAUGACUCAAACUAAGCAUCAUUAGUAUUUAGUCAAGGAAUGCCAGUGUUAAUAAGCUUUUGAGUUUCCAAACCCAGAAAUUGAGUCUGCCUGAAGCUGAUUAAGAUAUACAAUAUCUG